AUGACGGCCCUUGUUCCUAAGCUUCGUCCUGCAAGAUUACUUGAUCCGACUCUUUUUCGACUCUUCCACUACUGUCACAGAAGUUGGAGAGACUCCGCUGUCGCUGUCCGCCAAGAGUUAAUUGAGCUCUCGGGUCGCUGGGCAGAACUGGGGCUAGAGGGUCCAUGUCCAUAUUUCCCCACAGAAGCGGAAUUGAAACAGCAUGCUCGAGACUAUGAAAAUUUUGAGGCUGUUCAGGCCCUCAAGUCAUGGCUAAGAGAUAGCCUUGAUACGAAUUCUGACGGGUGGAUUCCGAACGAUGCAUGGGACGCUGCGAAGGUUGCUCAUCGCGCAGCGUAUGAUGAAUGGAUACAGACUGCCAAAGAAGCCGAGUCCCGUGGAGAGGACAUGACAGUAGCAAAGACGGACAAGAUGUGGCCAUUCGAUGCUAGAUAG